CGCGUGCGCUCUGCCCGAAUUGGCUGCUUGGAACGGCGCCGGUGGCCGGUGUUGGCGGGAGAUUCGUGGGCUCUUCGGGCUGGGAGAGCGGCGGUGGCCGAGAUGGCCUCCGCGGGACGGGUGCGGACCCGGCGAGGCGCGAGUGCGAGAUAUUCCAAGAACACUGUAGGAAGAACACGUUCCACGGGAGGUAAAGCCAGCCCACCCCACAAGCCCACGGACAUGUAUGAUUUUUCUGAGAAUUCUGGAAUCUCGAGCAUGGGCAGGAUGAGUGAAAAUGAGAAAGAUGAAGAACCUUAUGAAUCCUUUGAGCCUCCUCUGCACAGCACUGCUAUCUACAGCGAUGAAGCUGAGCUCUCCAAGCACUGCGGGUCCUUUAUCCCUUCACCUCCGCGAGGACAAGAAGCAAGAAGGAGUUUGAACGCUUCUGAAACUGAAGACAGUGAGAACGAGCCUGUGAAAGUUACUGCGAAAAAGCGAGGAAGAAAACUCAAGCCCAUUAGUGAUGAAUCUGAAAGCUGCAAUGAAAGGGAUAAACCAGAGAAAAUAGGUAGCCAACGACCUGAAGCUGUGUCGUCUUCAGAACUUUCGGAGAAGUCAGCUGAACUUGGCACUUCUAAAAAGAAAACUCAGAAAAAGAAGACGUUUCGUGGCAAAAGAAAGAAAUCAAGAAACGAAGCCAUGGACUCAGGUAUGCCUGACUGUGCACAUAUUUGGUGUCUACAAGGAAAGCAAAGCAGUGACAUCAUGGACUUAGAUGUUGUUUUGUCAGCAUUUGAGGAAACCCUCCCUGAGUAUAAACAAAACAUAGAAUCUAAAAUUUGCCAGGAAGCAGUCGGCAAAUUCCAUUCUAAUAUGAAAGAAGAACUCAUCAGAAUGCUUGCGGAAGUCCAGAUGUUGAAAACUCUGAGGAGGAGGAAUGCUAAGACGAUUUCGGAUAUUGAGAAGAAAAGGCAGCGUUUGGUUGAAGUCCAGGAUGAACUGCUUCGUUUAGAACCACAGCUGAAACAACUACAAACAAAAUAUGAUGAACUUAAGGAGAGAAAAUCUUCUCUGAAGGAUGCAGCAUGCUUCUUAUCUAAUUUAAAGCAGCUUCAUCAAGAUUAUUCAGAUAUUCAGGAGAGACAACCAAAUGUAAAGGAAACGUAUGACUCAUCCAGCCUCCCAGCGCUGUUAUUCAAAGAAAGAACUCUCUUAGGAGCUGAAAGCCAUCUGCAAAAUAUCAACCAUCAAUUGGAGAAACUCCUUGCCCAGAAAUGAGACCAGUCUGCUAAAACGUGCCGCCUGGGUACAGAUGAGUCCCACGCUCCUGCUGCCUUCCGCAGCUCCUGCUUAUCGCUGAAGCAGCACUCGAUAGAUGUAAGAAAGUAAACGUGUCUAUUGUUCAGUCUGGUGUGCGGCCGUGUCACCAGUUUGUACAGUAGCUCGAGAAGACAUAAUUACCUUACUAGGUUAGUGUCCUGAGUGAUAAGUUAACCUAUAAAUACGCAAAAUUAGCUGACGUGCAUACAAACUAACUUUGGUUAAUCAAUAAGAGAUUUCUACUGAAUUUAAGUACACUGAAUCUAAUUUUCAAUGAAACUGGUUUACUUCAGUAAAAAUCAAGAAUUGGAAUGCAAAAUGAUAAAACUGAUAUUAAC